CGCUUUCGCGCCGUAAAGGGUUAAUUUUUUUCAUCUCGGUUUUAUUUAAUAAAUCAAUCAGUCUCCGUGUUGAAUGCGUGUCAGUCCUCAGACAGCUCUCAGAGACAGCUGAUCAGACACGGACGGGCUUUUACAAUGGGCUCCAAGCGACGGAGAGCCACUUCUCCGUCCAGCAGCGUGAGCGGAGGAGACUUUGAAGACAGCCAGACCACAUCCAUACCUUCAACCAGCAGGAAGAGGAGAAGAACCACAAACAUCCCCACUGUUGACCCUAUUGCUGUGUGUCACGAGUUGUACAACACUAUCAGAGACUAUAAGGACGAUCAGGGCAGGAUGCUGUGUGAACUCUUCAUCAGAGCACCAAAGAGAAGGAACCAGCCGGAUUACUAUGAUGUGGUGUCUCAGCCCAUUGACAUGAUGAAAAUCCAGCAGAAGCUGAAAAUGGAGGAGUAUGAUGAUGUUGAGCAGCUCACAGCUGAUUUUCAGCUCUUAUUCAACAACGCCAAGACAUACUACAAACCAGAAACUCCGGAAUACAGAGCAGCUUCUAAACUCUGGGAUCUGUAUAUUCGCACAAAAAAUGAGUUUGUGCAGCGAGGGGACUAUGAAGAAGACGAUGACGAAGACGACUCACAGGAAAACCCUGGGGGGGCCACAGAAGAGGAGUCUAUCUCGAGCCUUAAGGAAGUUCUCGGGCAGCUUCUGGAUGCUGUGUUGACUUGCACAGAACAUGGGCGCACCAUUAGUGAACUUUUCCAGAGAAUUCCCUCUAAAAUGCAAUACCCAGAUUAUUAUGCUAUUAUUAAAGAACCAAUAGAUCUGAAGACCAUUGCACAACGAAUACAGAUGGGCUACUAUAAAAGUGUAAACCAUAUGGCUAAAGACAUUGACUUGUUAGUCAAAAAUGCUAAAACCUACAACGAACCCGGAUCGCAAGUAUUUAAAGAUGCAAACACCAUCAAAAAGAUUUUUUCGCAGAGAAAACUGGAGCUUGAACAUUCUGAACCUAUUAAAAGCAGCAUCAGGAUCAGGAACAGAAGGUUUGGACAGGGAGAGCGACUCUCAUCCAUCACCACAGCUCUACAGUAUGGCUCAGAGAGUGAAGAGGACGCCAUAUUAACUGGCUCUGUUCAUUAUGAUGAGGGCGAGUCAGAGGCUGAGAGCAUCCACUCCAGCAUGGACAUGAGCAACCCCAUCUUCCAGAUGUACGAGGCAGUGCGAGGGUGUAGAAACAACCAGGGACAGCUUUUAGCCGAGCCCUUCUUUCAGCUUCCCUCCAGGAAAGACUACCCUGACUACUUCCAGCAAAUUAGCCACCCAAUCUCCCUCCAGCAGAUACGGAGCAAGAUGAAGAACAGUGAGUACGAAAGUGUGGAACAGAUAGACACAGACCUCAACCUGAUGUUUGAGAAUGCGAAGCGCUACAACGUUCCCAACUCUCAGAUCUACAAACGUGUGAUGAAGCUGCAGCAUAUAUUGCAGAUGAAAAGGAAAGAACUGACAAGGAGAGAUGACGAAGAUGGAGAUAGCAUGCUGUCAUCUACACUUUCUGACGGGGGCAGCACCAAGCGCAAAAGCCAUAAGAAGAACACAAAGAAGAACCGCUUGAAGGCUCUGUACGCUGCUGUGGCAGAGGCUCGGGAGAUGGGCACAGGCCGGAGACUCUGUGACCUGUUUAUGGUCAAGCCCUCAAAAAAAGACUACCCAGACUACUACAAGAUUAUUCUGGAACCAAUGGACCUGAGGACCAUCGACCACAGCAUCCGCUCCGACAGGUACCCCAGCGAAGACGCCAUGAUGGAGGAUAUGAAGCUGAUGUUUCGUAAUGCACGUCACUACAACGAAGAAGGUUCACGGGUUUACAAUGAUGCCAACAUUCUGGAGAAGAUGUUAAGAGAAAAAAGAAGGGAACUUGGACCUCCACCAGAUGAAGAGGACAUCGUCUCACCCAAAUUGAAAAUUAGAAAGAGUGGCAUCUCUCCUAAAAAGUCCAAGUACCUGACUCCUCUGCAGCAGAAACUCAAUGAACUCUACGAAGCGGUGAAGAACUACACAGACAAGCGCGGACGGCGUCUCAGCACAAUCUUCCUCCGUCUUCCAUCCCGCGCUGAGCUUCCAGACUACUAUGUGGCCAUCAAGAAACCCAUAGACAUGGAGAAGGUGAAGAGCCACAUGCUGGCCAACAAAUACCAAGAUGUGGAUGCUCUGGUGGAAGACUUAGUGUUAAUGUUCAACAACGCUUGCACCUACAACGAACCUGAAUCAUUGAUCUACAAAGAUGCAUUGGUGCUUCACAAAGUGCUUUUGGAGACCAGGAGAGACUUGGAAGGAGGAGACGACGCUCAUGUCCCAGAUGUUGCGCGGCUCAUCCAGGAGCUCAUUCGCAAUCUUUUUGUCUCAGUUCUUGGUCACCAGGAUGAUGAGGGACGCUGCUAUAGUGACUCACUUGCGGAGAUUCCAGCUGUUGAUCCUAACAGUCCCGAUAAGACUCCACUGAACUUUGAGAUUAUCCGAGCUAAUGUGGAUAAGGGCCGUUAUAAGAGACUAGAUGUGUUCCAGGACCAUAUGUUUGAAGUUUUGGAGAAAGCCAGACGUCUGCACAGAACUGAUUCUGAGAUCUUUGAGGACUCUGUGGAGCUCCAGCAGUUCUUCAUCCGGAUCAGAGAUGAAUUGUGUAAGAACGGAGAGAUUCUGCUUUCGCCUGCCCUCAGCUACACCACUAAACACCUGCACAGCGACGUGGAGAAAGAGAAGAAAGAGAAGCUGCCUAAAGAAUAUGAAGAAGACAAACUCAAGAGAGAGGAAGAGAAGAAAGAGGCUGAGAAGAGCGAGGACACAGCAGGGGGUGGAUGGCAGGGAGCUCUACAACGCAACUACAGCCAGGACUGCAGCUUCAAGGACAACAUGUACCACGUGGGAGACUAUGUUUAUGUAGAGCCCACAGAACCAAACCUGCAGCCACACAUCGUCUGCAUAGAGCGUCUCUGGCAGGAUGAUGCAGGAGAAAACUGGCUUUAUGGCUGCUGGUUCUAUAGACCCAACGAAACAUUUCAUCUCGCUACACGCAAAUUCCUUGAGAAAGAAGUUUUCAAAAGUGACUAUUACAACAAAAUUCCUGUCAGUAAAAUAAUGGGCAAAUGCGUCGUCAUGUUUGUGAAGGAGUAUUUCAAGCUACAGCCUGAAAGCUUCAGACCUGAAGAUGUUUUUGUUUGUGAGUCUCGUUAUUCUGCGAAAACCAAGUCCUUCAAAAAGAUCAAAAUGUGGACGAUGCCGCUGAGCUCAGUGAAGUUCGUCCCUCGUGAAGUGCCAUUGCCUGUGGUUCGUGUGGCCUCCAUGUUUGCACCCAAACAGGACAGCGAGAAGCCUCCUGAGGUGGCAGAGGAUGGCAAAGCUGUGCCAUUGAUUAUUGAUAAGGAGAGAGAGGAUGCCACUAUGGAGGUCAGUAAUGGAGAGCCAGGUUGCCAGUACUAUGAGCAGCUCUGCUACAAUGACAUGUGGUUAAAAGUGGGAGACUGUGUCUAUAUCCGCUCUCAUGGGCUUGUACGCAACCGCGUGGGCAGGAUAGAGAAGAUGUGGGUGCGAGAUGAAGCUGCAUACUUUUUUGGCCCCAUUUUCAUCCAUCCCGAGGAGACUGAGCAUGAACCUACUAAGAUGUUCUACAAGAAGGAAGUGUUCCUCAGUAACCUGGAAGAAACCUGCCCUAUGACCUGUAUUGGAGGGAAGUGUACAGUGUCUUCUUUCAAGGAUUUCCUGUCAUGCCGGCCAACUGAAAUGCCGGAAGAGAAUGUGUUGCUGUGUGAGAGCCGCUACAUCGAGAGCGAGAAGCAAAUGAAGAAGUUUAAAGGGCUGAAGCGUUUCUCUCUGUCUGCCAAAGUAGUUGAGGAUGAAAUCUAUUACUUCCGAAAGCUCAUAGUGCCUCAGAAGGAGCCGUCUCCACUGCUGGAUAAGAAGAUCGAGGAGUUGGAGGCCAAGUUUGCAGAUAUGACGGAUGAAGAGCUGGAGGAUUUGGGUGAUGAUGAUGGAGAUGGCUCUGAUGCUCACUGUAUGCGACAGCUUCAGACUCAGCUGACCAGCGACAUGGACAUGCUGCAUUAUGCCCCUCCACAGUCCACACCCAAGUCAAUUAAGGGUCUGUCAAAGAAGGAGGGGGCGAAGAGAAAGAUCAACAUGAGUGGCUACAUCCUCUUCAGCAGUGAAAUGAGAGCUGUCAUCAAGGCCCAGCACCCUGACUUCUCCUUUGGAGAACUCAGUCGACUCGUAGGCACAGAGUGGAGGAACCUUGAAGCCACUAAGAAAGCCGAGUACGAAGAGCGAGCAGCAAAGGUAGCGGAGCAUCAGGAGCGAGAGAGAGCAGCACAUCAGAACUCCCCAAGAGCAGGUACCCCAGUAGGGGCGCUUAUGGGGGUAGUACCUCCCCCGACCCCCAUGGGGAUGCUUAGCCACAGCAUGACGCCUAUGGCAGGCAUGAUGGGUAGUUACAGGCCACCCAUGCAGCCCUUUCAGGGGUCUGUCAAUGGCAUGAUUAACUUGGCCGGCAUGCCUCCGCAUCCCAUGAGGCUGCCUACCUUACCCGUCUACUCCCCGUGGGGUAUGCCUAGCAUGCCAUAUCUGGGUAUGAAUGGAAUGGCCCCAGGUUCUACAGGAAGCACUUAUGGGACUCAGAUGGGUGUGAUGAAUUCGGGCCAGCAGGCCCCUCCACCCUACCCGGGGCAGGGCCAGGUUGGGCAGCCCGCUCUGCAGCAGCCCUCCACCCCUAUAUUUGUGGCUCCUCCGCCCAAACCACAGCGACUGCUCCAUUCUGAGGCUUACCUGAGAUACAUAGAAGGACUCAGCGCUGAGUCCAAUACUGUCAGCAAAUGGGACCAAACGCUCUCCGCUCGCAGAAAAGACGUGCGGCUCACAAAAGAGCAGGAGAGCCGUCUGCCCUCUCAUUGGCUGAAGAGUAAGGGCGCUCACAAGACCAUGGCCGACGCUCUGUGGCGACUACGGGACCUAAUGCUACGAGACACGCUAAACAUUCAACAGACGUAUAACAUCCAAAACCUCUGAAGCGCUCCUCCUCAUUCUCACCCGGCAAGAUGAGCUGUUCGUAGUGUUUUAAUGUUGUGAUCAAAUGAAGUUCAGUUUAGGGGUUUGUAAUGCUAAAUAUUGUCUGUUGGCUUUGUUAGUGUCGAUGUUUCUUGAUAGCACUUUCAAUUGGCUGAUUUUGUAUGUUGGCUAUUAAAUGUUCUUAGACCAAUUUAAACAUUUUCAUAAAAUGUUGAACUUUAAAAGUGUUGACCUUAAUAUUUGUGCAUUGUACUCUGUGAAGGGUUGAGUUAUGAUUGUUGUGAGAGAGUGGCCAUUUUGGGGUCUUGGUUCAGAAAACGGUAUACAACGAAAAGUUAAUACGCCUAUUUUUCAUAUCAUCCUAGUUGUAUUAGCUAAGACAUUUUGGAAUGGACAUCCACUGUCUAUUGUUUCAAUAAACAAACAGGAUAUCACUGUUUUCGUA